UGAAACGACACCGUAAGCGGUCGCAUUUUACCCCCUUCCCCCUCCGCAAAACCUCUUGAAAUCAAAAACCCUCGGUCGCGGAGGUCUUCCACUGAAGACAGAGGGGAAAAGAGAGAGAAGAGAAGAAAACAUGUCGUCGACGCUGCUGGAGGUGACUCGUGCGUCGCACGAGGAAGUGGAGCGGCUUGAGCGCCUCAUCGUGAAGGAUCUCCAGUCCGACCCGCCGACCAACAAAGACCGGCUCUACCAGAGUCACCGCGUUCGCAAUAUGAUCGAACAAAUCACCUCCACCACUCACAAACUGAUUGAAAUUUACGAAGAUAAAGACAAUGCUAGGAAGGAUGAGAUUGCGGCGCUCGGUGGACAGAGUUCGACAUCAGCGAAUGUUAACGUUUUUAGUGCAUUUUAUGAUAGAUUAAAAGAGAUUCGUGAGUACCAUAGACGGCAUCCAGCUGCACGAUAUGUUGUUGACACGAAUGAUGAGUAUGAACAGCUUCUCAAAGAGGAGCCAGUCAUUGAGUUUACUGGGGAGGAAGCAUUUGGACGGUACCUUGAUUUACAUGAACUAUAUAAUGAUUACAUCAACUCCAAGUUUGGGAAGCAAAUUGAGUACUCUGCUUAUCUUGAUGUAUUUUCGGAUCCAGGGAGGAUAUCCCGCAAAUUGAAGUUGACUAGGCAAUAUCGGGAAUAUAUGCAAAAACUUCUGGAAUAUCUUGUAUACUAUUUUGAGCGCACAGAACCUUUGCAAGAUCUUGACAGAAUAUUUUCGAAGGUAAUUGCUGAAUUUGAAGAGCAAUGGAGCAAUGGGCUCGUAGAAGGAUGGAAAAAUGAGAACCAUGAAGAUGGGAAUGUCCAACAACAGGAUGCAAUUGUUGAUCUUGAUUAUUAUAGUACUGUUGAGGAGCUAAUGGAACUAGGACCUGAGAAGUUAAAGGAGGCGUUAGCUGCACUUGGUCUAAAAACAGGAGGUACUGUACAACAGCGUGCCGAGAGGCUUUUUCUUACAAAGCACACGCCUCUUGAAAAAUUGGAUAGAAAACAUUUUGCUAAAGGCUCACGUGGACCUGAACAAAAUGGUGGUACAAUCACCCUACAAUCCAGUGAAGAUGCAAAAGAGAUUGCCUUGAUGGAAGCAAAAGUGGAGAAGUUGUGUGAUCUGUUGCAUGAAACAAUUGUGCGGACAAAAGAGAAUAUUGAGAAGAAACACGCCUUGACAUAUGAUGAAAUUGUACAAGAACGCGAAGAGGACGAGGUGCAACCCGAGUCUGAAAGUGAUGAUGAGGAUCAGCAGAUAUACAAUCCCCUAAAGUUACCCAUGGGUUGGGAUGGAAAGCCUAUACCCUACUGGUUGUAUAAGCUUCACGGGCUUGGUCAGGAGUUCAAAUGUGAGAUAUGUGGGAACCACAGUUACUGGGGCCGCAGAGCCUAUGAGCGCCAUUUCAAGGAAUGGAGACACCAACAUGGGAUGCGAUGUCUUGGGAUUCCUAAUACCAAGAAUUUUAAUGAAAUAACGUCAAUUGAGGAAGCAAAACAACUUUGGGAGAAAAUACAAGAAAAGCAAGGACUAAACAAAUGGCGGCCAGAUCUUGAAGAAGAGUACGAAGACCAAGAGGGCAACAUUUAUAACAAGAAGACUUAUACUGAUCUACAACGUCAGGGUUUAAUUUAAAAAGGCAACUACCUAUUGCACCUCCGGACUUCUUCAUGGAUUUAAUGGAGAAAUGUCCCCAAACUCUUGUGUAAGAGGCUGUGGUGCUCUAACUCGGGUAUUGGCUUUUUACUGUAUGUAUGGUUCUGCAUUCUGUAAGCACAAAUACCAGAGGAGCAGCGUAUAGUCCUAUUGGAUUAGAAAUUACCUGCCUAGGCUGCAUUUUAUCCAGAAAAAGAAUGAAGAGGGGGAGCAUGUAAUUUUACUUGUGUUCUGUGGCACAAUAUCCACAUGAAAUUGUGUUGUUGCCUGUUAGCAGCUACUAGCAGUUAAAUUUUCAUUUGUUGUGUCAUGUACCCAUCAUAAUUCAGUUUUGCAGGUUACUUUUGAACUUUUUAUGGCUAGCAGGCUGGUCUUCGUUUAUUGUC